AUGAGAUUCUCUAUAUGCCUUCUUGCGUUGGUCGCCCUCGCAAAUGCGAGUGUAUACAUUCCAACCACUCUCCAAAAAGUCCUCACACUCAAAGACCUUUGGUUUGGGCCUAAGAUCCCUCAGAUCAUCUUCGAUACCGACCACCCCUGGCUCGCCGACAACAAGGAAUGGCUUUCCCGCUACCCGGACGUUCGCACAGCCAUUUGUCUAAAAGAUUCCGAUCUCUGGACUAAGCCUACUAUACCCUCCCGCGCGCUCCCAAAAGAUCUUCUGGCUAUUGUCAAUAUCGACAACAACAAACAAGGCCGGACCAACUUCGGUUGGAAGAAUGCAGGCGAUCGUCUGAGAGAGUUGAAAGCCUGUCCAGCGGCACUUGAAGACGGGAAGGACUUACAUCUCAAUGUCUGGAUCCAUGGUUUUCAAUACGACACGUGGUCAGAAGAUCCAAUGCCCCCAAGUGAGCUCCCCGACCUAUUUGCAGAGGUUCUUUCCAAGAUGCCCAACUUAGAGACGCUGCACUGGAGCGCACAGUCAGAAUUCACAAACUCAUUGAAAGAUGCAUUGGCAAAGGCAAACGUAACGCUAUCCAGCGUGAAAAAUCUGUUUCCGGGAGGACAUCAUGGGUGGCUGGUCCGACGGUGCCCUAAUCUGGAAAAAAUCUCGAUCCCCUAUGUUAACAGCUUGGACCCUGACUGGAGAAAAGGCGACGACCUGGAGCUUAGGUACCAUCAUAGCAGCAGCAUAGCUCUCAUCAAUGCUACAAAAGGACUGCCUCUUCAGAGCAUACACAUGGUCGCUAGACCUUACCUUCCAACAAGAUGGAUGGACCUUCUUGAAGCUAUUUUGGACGCACAGCCCAAUAUCACCGAUAUAGGGAUGGACCGUCCAAAUGAGAUGUGGCCGGGACCUGAAUCGGACAACGACCCAGAAAAGCUAAAGCAACAGUUGGAACUCCUUGCCCGCUUCCCUCACCUGACAUCUCUGAAUCUCCCGUCUGUAUCGCAGCUUAAUUUGGGUUUCGACGGAGGGCAUUGGUGUGGAAACGCUUAUGGCGGCGCUCAUGGCCGGGAAUACGGGCGCCAAGUCGUGCAAGAGGGCGCUGAGACGGCAGAGCUAGCGGGAAACAUGACUAUCGAGGUGCUUCCACAUCUAACGCGGCUGAGCAUUGGGGGCCGGGCGCCGGAAAUCUUCUUGAACGAGGAGGGCAAGGCGGAGCUAGUGUGGCCAUGGACACGGCGGAUGAAGGAGUAUACAUACGAGCUAUGGCCGGAAAUAGAAGACUACUUCGACGGUACGGACGAAUGA